AUGAAUAAGGCAAUAUUAUUAUUCUUAUUAUUUCUAUUGAUAAUCAAAUGUCAAUGUGAAAAUAGUCGAUCACUAUUCCUAAGAAAAUUUCCUGGUAUAAAAUAUAUAUGUAAUGAAUCAAGUUGUUCUCCAUCUAUUAUUAUUUUUGGAAAAAAUCAAGUACAAUGUGAAAUAUCUUGUUUAAAUGAAUUACAAUGUUAUCUUUUAACUUUUGAUUUAUCUAAUAAUCAAUGUGAAAUAUUUUCAAAUAUUUCAAUAGACUAUGGAAAUUUAAUUCAACAACAAAAUGUUAUAACAAUGAUUACUCUUAAUAAUGAACAAUUAUUCUACUCUAUGUUAAGUAAUACAACAAAAGCAUCAAACAAAGAAUCCACAAUGACAAGCAGAAUUACCACAACUAGUAGAAAUACUGGUGAUACAAUAACUACAAAUCGAGAAACAACUACUUCAAUUAUUAUAACUACUACAACAAUCACAACUACUUCGAGUACUACAAGUGCUACUACUUCAACUACUACAACUAGUGAAACUAGUACUACAACUAGUACUACGUCGACUACUACAAGCAGUACUAGUUCAAGUACAACAACUACGACUGUUUCGAGUACCACAAGUACGACUACGUCAACUACUACAACUAGUGAAACCAGUACUACCUCGAGUACUACAAGUACAACUACCUCGACUAGUACUACUUCGAGUACUACUACCUCAACGAGUACUACUACCUCAAUUAGUACCACGUCGACUACUACAAGUACUACUACUUCAACUAGUACUACCUCGAGUACUACAAGUACUACUACCUCAACUAGUACCACGUCGACUACUACAAGUACUACUACCUCAACUAGUACUACCUCGAGUACUACAAGUACUACUACUUCAACUAGUACGACCUCGACUACUACAAGCAGUACAAGUUCAAGUACAACAACUAGUAAAACUACUACGUCAAGCACUUCGACAACAACUACAACUACAACAACAACAAAUCCAUGUAUAUCUGGUAAUUUACUUUGGAAUAAAACGGGUAUUACGGUAAUUGGUUCAUCAUCGUCACUAGUACCAGCAUCUGGUGUAUUUGUUGACUUGAACGAUACUUUAUAUGCUACGGAUGAGACCACUCAUUAUGUUAUAUGGAGACUAUUGAAAAAUGCUGUAAAUCCAACAAUUGCGGCUGGAACUUCUGGAUCAGCAGGAUCGAAUAGUACUCAAUUAAAUUUUCCUAAUGAUGUUUACAUUGAUAGAUCUGGGAAUAUAUAUGUAACUGACUGUAACAAUCAUCGAGUACAAAAAUUUAAUAGUGGAUCAAACAUUGGAGUAACUAUUGCCGGUACUGGAUCAGCCGGAUCUGCAUUAAAUCAAUUAAAUCUUCCACGAUAUCUUACUUUCGAUUCAACGGAAACAUAUAUUUAUAUUGCUGAUUAUGGAAAUAGUCGAGUUAUGCGUUAUUCAACAACUUCCACUUCAGGUACUAAUGGAGUUCUUAUAGAUGGUGGAAUUGGAGCUAACAAUACGAAUGCAUCAUUAAACCUUCCAUGGGGUAUUCAUUUACCGUCUAUAAGUAAUGAUCUAUUUAUAGUGAAUACUAGUGGACAUUCAGUUAUACGUUGGACUCCUGGUGCUUUAUCAGGCAGUUUCGUUGCUGGUGUGCCAGGUGUAUCAGGUUCUGAUUCAACUCACUUAAAUGGUCCGAAUGGAAUUAAACUUGAUAGUUAUAUGAAUAUGUAUGUCGUUGAUAGUGGUAACAAUAGAAUUCAAUUGUUCUGUGCUAAUAGUAAUAUAGGAAUUACAAUUGCUGGAAACGGUUCUGUAGGUAGUGGUGCAACACAAUUUAAUGAUCCACGAGGUAUCGCAUUUGAUUCAGCAAUGAAUAUGUAUAUUGGUGAUUCAUUUAAUUAUCGUGUGCAAAAAUUUAUGAAACUCUGA